UUGAGGAUAUCUGGUGGCAUUGUUGAUUGUGCGUUUUUGCGGUGAACUGGUGGUUGCUUUUAGUUGUCGGCCCGGAAGGGAGUAUCUAGGUAAUGAGUAAGGCUACAUGUUGAAGUGAUUUAAUGCUCCUCUCUAUUAAUCAGGCGACGUGUUGCUACACCUUGUAGCAGGGUAAAUGAUUGCGCGGAUGUCGAUGUAUGUAUCCCUUAUCUCCGAUGACUGUAAGACUGAGAGUUCUUAUAGCCGACUGGCGUGCUCGACACAGCAGUAUAGCUUACGCAUCAGGGUUUUCAUGACGCUCUGAUGAUGGCGUGGGUUAUGAGUGAGUAAGCGUAGGGGUAUUACAAAGCCUAUUUCUGGUUAUAAAAGCUGUGGUGCAAGUGCAAGCAUACCUGAAUAUGGAUUAUCCGCUCUCCUAUGCGCGCUACUACCGAUAACUACAAUGGCCUCCAAUAAGUUGGACUUUAACUGUGCUCUCAUCACUGGUGGCGGCGGAGGAAUUGGCAAAGCACUUUCGGAGUACUUCAUUUCAAAGGGGAAGAAAGUCAUCAUUGCUGGACGAACGGAGUCCAAGCUUCAAGCCACUGCAAAGGAAAUAGGAGCUGCUGGAUAUUAUGUCCUCGACACGGGCUCGAUAUCUGAUAUCCCGGCUUUCAUCAAGCGCAUCAUCAGUGAUUAUCCAGAACUGGAUUGCUUGGUGAAUAACGCAGGUGUGCAGAGGCCCUUGCAAGUACAGAAGCAGACACCGGAGGACUUCCUCUCGAAAGCCGACAACGAAAUCAACAUCAACAUACGCGGGCCACUGCAUCUCGCAGUAGGAUUAUUACCUCAUUUCAAGACCAAGAAACAUGCUCUUAUUAUCAACGUAUCUAGCAUCCUAGGAUACGUACCGUUCUCAAUCAUCAACCCGGUAUAUAAUGGGACUAAGGCAUGGCUGCAUUUCUGGUCGAUGAAUCUUAGGAGUCAACUUAAGGAUACGAAUGUGAGGGUGGUGGAGGUUGCGCCUCCGACUGUGGCUACGGAUUUACAUCGCGAGAGGGAGGAUCCUGAUGAUAAUAAGAAAGAGAAUAACCCGAAUGCGCUAUCGGUGGAUGAGUUUAUGCUGGAGGUUUCGGAGAAGUUGGAGAGAGGAGAUGAUACGAUUGGUGCGGGAUUAGCUGGGGAGGUGGUUGAGAAAUGGUAUAAUACGUUUGGGGAUAUGUAUAAAGAUUGAUUGAUUGUAUGUGUUGACGGGAUGAAUGGCAAUGACGAUGAUGAUGACGAUGACGAAGAGAGAGUGGAAAAAGCAAGAGGAAAAAGAAAAGGGGGUGGGGGUAGUGAUGAGGUAAUCAUCGCACUUAAAGACACCCUACAUUAAGACCGAAUGCUGCCUAAUCUAUUACCUAAGGUUCGAUGGUGUAACAUUAGAUAAGCUAGAUUGAAGCCUAAGUGGCGUUGCACAAGCACGAGCCACACCCCGCGGUCCCCACCUUUAUUAGGUUGCCCAGACAAAAUGCAAAGUUAUGAUUGCUUAUGUCUUGUUAUGACGCAGUAUUUUUGAUCUCUCCCAC